GUGGGAACCAAUACUCCCCCCACCUACUAAUAUUAAAACACAACUUUUCAUUCUCUUUUGCCCUUUACAAGCAAACAAAGCACUGUUUUCUUCCCUCAAAAUUCCCAAACCACUCACCUAACGGACAUCACAAGCCAAAGGGGAAAAUGAGGAACGAAUACGAUUAUUUGUUCAAGCUCCUUUUAAUCGGCGACUCCUCUGUCGGCAAGUCUUGUCUUCUUCUCAGAUUCGCUGAUGAUUCAUAUGUGGACAGUUACAUAAGCACCAUUGGAGUUGAUUUUAAAAUUAGGACGGUGGAGCUGGAUGGCAAGACGAUCAAGCUGCAAAUUUGGGACACUGCUGGCCAGGAGCGAUUCCGGACUAUCACUAGCAGUUACUAUCGAGGAGCUCAUGGGAUCAUAAUUGUCUAUGAUGUUACUGAGAUGGAGAGCUUCAACAAUAUUAAGCAGUGGCUUAGUGAGAUUGAUAGAUAUGCAAACGAUAGUGUUUGCAAGCUUCUUGUGGGGAACAAAUGUGAUCUAGUUGAGAGCAAAGUUGUGGAUACAGCGACUGCGAAGGCGUACGCAGAUGAACUUGGAAUUCCUUUCCUGGAGACUAGUGCAAAAGAUGCAAUUAAUGUGGAGCAGGCUUUCUUGACUAUGGCAGGAGAGAUUAAGAAAAAGGUCGCGAACCAGCCAACUGCAAACAGGCUGGCAAGCACAGUCCAGAUUAAGGGCCAGCCAAUUGAGCAGAAGAGCAACUGCUGUGGUUAAAUGUGCUUAUUUGUAUCUUAAUGUUUAGAAAGUUUGUAAAAAGAUAGCUAAUCUCUAUUAACAGAUUUUCCUUUUAUUACUUCAGAAUUCCCUUAGAGACACUUGAUCUUUCUUUUGUCCUUCAUAUACAUUUUCUUCAGUUUUUUCCCUCGUA